GUGGAGGGGGAUCCCACGAGCGGCGGUUUUCAGAGCCUUCCCAGCGCCGUCGCCACUGUUGCGCCCAUGCCCGUCUUGUCAGUUUCGUUUUAGGAAUUGAACCGCAGGGGCUUUAAAAAAAAAAACCUCAAAAAAAAAUGGGGCAGCCGGUGCCUCCAACUCUCUUCUUUUUGCUGGUGGGGCUUCUGAGAGAGUCUUUGGGAGGAUUUCCAAACACCAUCAGUAUAGGAGGGCUGUUCAUGCGAAACACGGUCCAGGAGCACAGCGCAUUCCGAUUUGCUGUACAGUUAUACAACACGAACCAAAAUUUCACAGAGAAACCUUUCCAUUUGAACUAUCAUGUCGACCACCUGGAUUCCUCCAACAGCUUUUCAGUCACCAACGCAUUCUGUUCACAGUUCUCCAGAGGAGUCUAUGCCAUCUUUGGAUUCUAUGAUCAGAUGUCGAUGAACACCCUGACAUCAUUUUGUGGGGCACUGCACACAUCCUUCAUCACGCCCAGUUUCCCAACCGAUGCUGAUGUGCAGUUUGUCAUUCAAAUGCGGCCAGCUCUGAAAGGAGCCAUCUUGAGCCUCCUGAUGUAUUACAACUGGGAGAAGUUUGUGUACCUCUAUGACACAGAAAGAGGAUUUGCCAUUCUCCAGGCAAUUAUGGAAGCCGCUGUGCAAAAUAACUGGCAAGUGACAGCUCGAUCUGUGGGAAGUAUAAAGGAUGUUCAAGAGUUUAAGGCAAUCAUUGAGGAAAUGGACAAACGGCAGGAAAAAAGAUACUUGAUAGACUGUGAAGUGGAAAGAAUAAACACCAUUUUGGAGCAGGUUGUAACCCUGAGUAAACAUUCCAGAAGCUAUCACUACAUGCUUGCUAACCUGGGUUUUGCAGAUAUUUCACUGGAAAGAGUGGUACAAGGAGGUGCCAAUGUGACCGGAUUUCAGAUUGUGAAUAACGAAAACCCCAUGGUCCAGCAGUUUAUGCAGCGCUGGGUUAGACUAGAUGAAAGGGAAUUUCCAGAAGCCAAAAAUUCACCAUUAAAGUACACAUCUGCAUUGACCCACGAUGCCAUACUAGUCAUAGCAGAAGCGUUCCGGUAUCUCCGAAGGCAACGUGUUGACGUCUCCCGGAGAGGAAGUGCAGGAGACUGCUUAGCGAACCCAGCUGUGCCUUGGAGCCAAGGAAUUGAUAUAGAAAGAGCACUGAAAAUGGUUCAAGUGCAAGGAAUGACUGGAAAUAUCCAAUUUGAUACCUAUGGGCGUAGAACUAAUUAUACAAUUGAUGUGUAUGAAAUGAGACCCGGUGGACCGAGGAAGGCUGGUUACUGGAAUGAAUACGAAAGAUUUGUACCCGCAAUUGACCCGUCGGUCUCUAAUGACACCUCAUCUGUAGAGAACAGGACCAUUGUGGUCACCACCAUCCUCGAAGCGCCUUAUGUAAUGCGCAAGCAGACCCCUGACCAAAAAGAAGGAAAUGAGAAAUAUGAAGGUUAUUGCGUCGAUCUGGCUUAUGAAAUAGCAAAACAUGUUGGAAUAAAAUAUGAACUGUCCAUUGUUCCUGAUGGGAAAUAUGGAGCAAGGGAUCCUGAUACAAAGAUGUGGAAUGGCAUGGUGGGUGAGCUGGUCUAUGGGAGAGCGGACAUUGCUGUGGCCCCAUUGACCAUAACAUUGGUCCGAGAAGAAGUCAUUGAUUUUUCUAAGCCUUUCAUGAGUCUGGGCAUCUCUAUCAUGAUCAAGAAGCCCCAGAAAUCUAAACCGGGUGUCUUCUCCUUUCUGGAUCCUUUGGCCUAUGAAAUAUGGAUGUGUAUAGUCUUUGCUUACAUUGGCGUCAGCGUUGUUCUUUUCCUAGUCAGUCGCUUCAGUCCUUACGAGUGGCAUUUGGAAGACAACCAAGAAGAGCCCCGAGACCCUCAGAACCCUCCUGACCCUCCAAAUGAGUUUGGAAUAUUUAACAGCCUUUGGUUUUCCCUGGGUGCCUUUAUGCAGCAAGGAUGCGAUAUUUCUCCAAGAUCUCUCUCAGGGCGAAUUGUCGGAGGCGUCUGGUGGUUCUUCACACUCAUCAUUAUCUCUUCCUACACUGCCAACCUCGCUGCCUUCCUCACCGUGGAAAGGAUGGUGUCUCCCAUCGAAAGUGCUGAAGAUUUGGCUAAGCAGACCGAAAUAGCCUAUGGGACUUUGGAUUCAGGCUCAACCAAAGAAUUUUUUAGAAGAUCCAAAAUAGCUGUGUAUGAGAAAAUGUGGUCGUACAUGAAGUCGGCAGAGCCAUCGGUCUUUGCCAAAACGACGGCGGACGGGGUGGCCCGCGUGAGGAAAUCAAAGGGGAAGUUUGCCUUCCUGCUCGAAUCGACCAUGAAUGAGUACAUUGAACAACGAAAGCCCUGUGACACAAUGAAAGUUGGUGGGAACCUGGAUUCCAAAGGCUAUGGUGUAGCAACUCCCAAAGGCUCAUCAUUAAGAAAUGCUGUUAACCUGGCAGUAUUAAAACUGAAUGAGCAAGGCCUCUUGGACAAAUUGAAAAACAAAUGGUGGUACGACAAAGGAGAGUGCGGCAGCGGGGGAGGUGACUCCAAGGACAAGACAAGUGCUCUGAGCCUGAGUAAUGUCGCUGGGGUUUUCUAUAUUCUUGUCGGAGGCCUUGGCCUAGCCAUGACGGUGGCUCUGAUAGAGUUCUGUUACAAGUCUCGGGCUGAGUCCAAACGAAUGAAAAUCACAAAGAACACACAAAACUUUAAGCCUGCUCCGGCACCCAAUACUCAGAAUUAUGCUACGUACAGAGAAGGCUACAACGUGUAUGGAACAGAAAGUGUUAAGAUCUAGUGGUACGGCUGAAGGUCUAAUCCCACGCUCACGACGGCAUGCAAAGGGAGGAGCAACAGAGAUCCCGGCUACUUCAGCAAUCCUGAUCACCUGAGCCAAUUUUUCUCCCUCCGAGGUGUCAGGCAGGAUACAUUAUUGACGAUGGUGCAAUGAACUUUUCAUAGGAUUUUUUUUUUCCUUCAGUGCCUUAUGGGAAACUCUUAAGACUAAAAAAACAAUGCAAACCAUCAAAAUAUUCUUGCUUUGCUUGAAAACAAAACAACAACAAAAAUGAACAUGGACAAUAGUCUAAUAUGUGAAAAAAUAUUCUUGUAAAAAGAAUUUUAACAGAAAUUCAACAGAAGCCAUUCUUUGAUACCACUGCACAGUAUACGGACACAUUCUUUUGAAAAGGAAUAAACACAAGUUUUCAAGUGCCCCCCAUCAAAAUAUUAAGCUAUCCUUAAUAUUAAGCCUCAGAAUACCACUGCUUAUAUUCCUUAAAACAGCCUGUUACAUAGAUCUAAGCUUUGCUUCCUUUCUCUUGGUGGUAAGGUUUCUCUUCUACCAUCAUGACUCUAGAUCCUGCCUCAUAUUUUAAGAAAAUGCAUAUAUCAAUUCUAAGUGAAUGUAACAAACAACAGAGGGGGGGGAGAGUGCAUCAACAAGUUGUGGAGGAACAUGAAUCAAUCUAUGAAAGAGGGAGAAGACCCAGCAUCUUGGCAAGCCAGUUAUUCAAGAAGUGAAACGCAGGGCCAGCCAGAAACGCAAUCCUUUCCCUCUAACAUCUUGCAAGUGCUCUCUUUUAAUUUUAAAUAGGGUCUGCUAGUGUCGAGAAGAAACCAUUCAUGAUUUUGUUUCCUCCCCUAGAUCUCCGGCUGCAUGCUUUUGGCUGUAACUGAGCCAUUGAAAGCAAGAACGAGAAAAGUGAGAAAAUAGCAGAAAUCUAUUGCCUCCGUAAUGAAGGUUCAGAAUCCACCCACCCUCCACCCCAUUCAAUUUUGUAAUUCAGAAUCCAGCACUGUGCUCAAACGAUGCUUUGCGGAUCGGCCUCGCUUCGUAAAGGAAAACAGGAUGGUACCUCAAACGAGACCGGUUGGUCUGGACCACAACGAAACCCUCUUAAGCAUGAACUACAGUAGUUUGAACUGCUGUCAUUCAUCCUGUCAUAGCUGCUUCUCAACAGGAUAGUUAGGCUUUUUUAGUGUCGUGAGGAAUAUAAUACAUUCCAGUACAUGCUGUUGAAAGAUAAGAGACUCGGCUUUGCUGGCUUCCAGAUUCUUGGCUUCUGGAUGUGUUCCAUCCAUGAGUCCACCAGAGCAUUAGCUGAGAGAGAGAGGUCAUUGGUCAGUGGUAGAGUACAUGCUUGGAAUGUAGGCAAUCUCAGCUUUAGUCCCUGACAUCUUCUGUUAAAAAGAUCUCAGGUGUACACUCUAGAAAAGACUCUGAAACAGAGAUGUUGGUGCUGCCAGUCAUCACAUGGGAUGGGAUGGAAGGCACUGCAGCAAUGGCUUCACUCAGUAUAAGGCAGCUUCAUAGAUUCAUUACUGCAUCUUUUCAAUCCACACUGUCAGUUACCAAAUAGAUAAGUAUA